ACCUUAAGAAACAUGGGAAACCACGACCAUAUCAGCGCGUGGAUUUAUCACCUAAUUUGCCUUCAGAGAGGAAGAGUAAAGGGUCGAACUUGAGUAUAACUAUCUAUGAUUCUGAUUUAGGGCUCUCUUCUUACUUGCGCCUUCAGAGUUCUUCUCUCGUCUGCUCUCUCUCUCUGCGGGAAUUCUCCGGUGGAUCGUGAUUGUACGGACGGAGAUAGGUUUUUUUUUUUGGAUCUGAAAAGUAUGAAGAUUUUCGUCAAGACUUUGAAGGGAACACACUUUGAAAUCGAAGUGCAACCUGACGACACGGUUGCUGAUGUAAAGAAAAAUAUUGAAACGGUUCAGGGAUCCCAUGUUUAUCCUGUCUCACAACAGAUGCUUAUCCAUCAGGGGAAAGUUCUUAAAGAUGGCACAACCUUGGAAGAGAACAAGGUUGCUGAAAAUAGUUUUGUUGUCAUCAUGUUAACAAAGGUAAAAAUUGGUAUUCUUCUUAUUGAAAAACUGAAAGGAAUUAGUCCUGAAAAAACUUUCAAGGAAUUAAAUUCAGCGAGAUUUGAUCUGAUCUGCUCAUAUGUUUCUCUUAUUCUUGGUUGUGUUUCAUGA